AUGUCUUCAUACGAUAACAAAGAUCCUCUGGCUGCUGCCAAGCAAGCAGAGCGCGAACUCAACUCCCAUCAAGCCAAGCAAGGAGGUUAUAAUAACAGCGAUUCCGCCAACGAAUCCGGCGUCAACGAGGGAGUCGAGACCCGCUUUCCAGGCGCCUCUGUCACCUACGGCAGCGCGGCAUCCGGUGCGGGAGAUAACCGCGAGAUUCCCGUCGAGGAAGGUGGUGAUAUCUUGAAAGGAUCGGGACAGCCGACCAAAGCAAGAGAUUUUGAGGCCGUGGGUGGACCUGAGGAUAAGAGUGAGUUUGAUAGGGUUGAGAGAGGAGGUGAUGACGAUGUCAGGGGCAAUGUUAGACAGGGUGGGAUUCGGGAUGGUGCUGUGAGGAACUCGUGA